UUAUAUUUGUUUAUUUAUAUUUAUAUUUAUUUAUUCUGCAAUGGAAAAUGAAAGAGUUACGAAGUCAAGCUGUAUAAAUGCUUUCAGAGGUAACGAGGAGAGACCCCUAUCAUACCUACUCCUUUGAAACUGACUGCCCCCCAAUUGCACAUGAUCUCUGCGCGCAGACAACAAGCUCUGUCUUCUCCUUUUCACAUCUCUUAGGUGUUAUCCCUUUGUGGCUUUUCCAUUUCCAAUCCAAUUUUAACCUAUACAAGUUCCAUGCGCAGCUAUUUAUAUUUGUAUGGUAUGCUGGAUUGGGGCUUGUUUCAUUUGGUUUUGAAGAAGGAGCUUGGUUAAUUUUUUCUUGCUACAUUCUGGAUAUAUCUACCUUUUUUGGGCCAAGAAAAGGAAGACUGUUGCUGUGUGCUUUUAGAUUUUAAUUUGAAGGGUUGAUCAUGGCAUUGGAACCUUAUUAUCAAAGAGGUACGCAGGUUGGUAGUUUCAACAUGGAAGAUAUUCAGUUAAAUACGAAUUGGGAAGAAGUGAUUUGUCCUAUAUGCUUGGAUUUCCCUCACAACAGUGUACUCCUUCAAUGCUCUUCUUAUGAUAAAGGCUGCCGGCCUUUUGUUUGUGAUACAGACCAUUUGCACUCAAACUGUUUGGACCGUUUCAAAAGUGCAUGUGGUAUGCCAUUUCCUUCAACAUCUGAUGAAUCUCCUACAACAAACACACAGCGUAUGGUAGUGGAGAGCAGUUUUAGACUAGCUUGUCCCCUUUGUAGAGGUGAAGUUACUGGCUGGGUGGUGGUUGAUAAGGCUCGUGUACACUUAGAUGAGAAAAAGCGUUGUUGCGAGGAAGAACAAUGUACUUUCACAGGGACCUAUUUGGAACUAUGUAAACAUGCUCAACUAGAACACCCUCAUGCCCGUCCUUCAAAAAUUGAUCCUGCUCGACAACUUGAUUGGGAGAAUUUCCAGCAGUCCUCUGAGAUAAUAGAUGUUUUGAGCACUAUACAUUCAGAAGUCCCACGUGGGGUUGUUUUGGGAGACUAUGUGAUUGAGUAUGGGGGCGAUGAGACUGGAGAUGAAUUUGAGGACUUUCCUGGGGAUGAAGGCAAUUGGUGGACUUCUUGCAUCUUGUAUCAGGUAUUUGAUAACUUUAGAAGUUCAAGAAAUAGAAGAAGGUCAAGAGUAGCUGAUACAAGGAGAGGAAGUCGCCGCUUGAGUUAUGAUAAUUCGAAUUCUGAUGAGGGUUCUGUGACAUCUGUGGAAUUUGCUGAGUAUAGACUAGAUGAGACUGAUGAUGAGUUUGCUAGUGCAAGUGGCCCCUCUAGGGGUAGCUCUGGUCAUCGCAGUUCCCGAAGGCGUCGUUCCCGUUUUCAUGACAAUUAGUGCACUCAAUAUAUUGGCAGCUCAUUAGUGAAAAGUGAAAGUAUUGAAAGAAAAGUGAUAGAGAUGCUGGAAAUUAAGGUAGUAACAUUGAUAAGUUACAUGUGGAUCGGAUCUUGUAACAUAUGUAAAUAGAUCUGCUGGUUAGACCUGAAUUUUUUUGUUUGACUGGUUAUAUGGUGACUGAAUUUGUUAUUGGGAUGAUACCUUUGAAUUCGAAAUUGAUUGUUAAUUUGCA